AUGAAUAUAAGCGGAAUAUUUACAGCAAAGAAAGCUACAAGAGGUUCAGAAUUUCUGAACCCUGAAAAUCUGAAAUCAAUAAAUAUAAGCGGAAUAUUUACAGCGAAAAAAGCUACAAGGGGUUCAGAAUUUCUGAACCCUGAAAAUCUGAAAUCAAUGAAUAUAAGCGGAAUAUUUACAGCGAAGGAAGCUACAAGGGGUUCAGAAUUUCUGAACCCUGAAAAUCUGAAAUCAAUGAAUAUAAGCGGAAUAUUUACAGCGAAAAAAGCUACAAGGGGUUCAGAAUUUCUGAACUCUGAAAAUCUGAAAUCAAUGAAUAUAAGCGGAAUAUUUACAGCGAAGAAAGCUACAAGGGGUUCAGAAUUUCCGAACCCUGAAAAUCUGAAAUCAUAA